AUGGAAAACGGACAGACUCCCUCUCAUCCCCUGGACGCCGAAAUUGAGUCCGUUGCUCAUGAAAUUGCCUCUCUCAACCACCGACUCGCAGACCUUCGAUCGCGGCGCAACGCAGAUGCUCCAAUCUCUAAGGUCCCUUCGGAAAUCUUGGUCCGUAUCUUUCGCUCCUUGUCCGCAGAGCCUGUCUACCACCAAGAGUAUGGUGCUCUUACAAAGUACACCCCUACAAGGCGCUCCUGGCUGAAUCUCAUCGACGCUACGCAUGUUUGUCGGUGGUGGCGCCAAACCGCAUUCGACAGUCCACUUCUGUGGGCGAACGUAUGUCUCGCUCUUGGGCCUGCUUGGAUGGACGAGGCUCUCGUACGAUCUCGAGAUGCACCUCUCACCAUUUCGUACGCUACAGCUCGCAGCGAUUAUGACGAUUGCAAUUGCCUUUUGAGCACCAUUCCGUUAGAUCGUCUCACCCAUCGCAUUCGUUUUUUCUCCGCUUCAUCCCCUUUGAACGGAAAUACUAUCCCCGACUUCACCAAGGCAUUAGAAAAAAUGCGAGGUCAAGCACUUUUGUUGGAAUCUCUGAGCUUGAAACUCGAGUUUCCCGUAGACAACUUUCGUCUCUGUCCGUUGCCGCCGUAUUGGGUAUCAGCCUCUUUUCCACGUUUGCGACACGUUGAACUGCAAAACAUCUCAUUUCAGCUUCACAAAUUCCCUUUCCACAACCUCUCGAGUCUGAAGCUCAGCCUAUCGCCUGACGGUUCCUAUCCGACGGAAAUUUGGCGCGUUAGACCUACCUAUCGUCCUGACCUUCCAUCUCUGCUAUCCGUGCUUCGGAAGAUGCCAAAGCUCGAAAUCCUACAUCUCGAUUAUUUUCUUCCUCUGGCGCGGCCAUCCACGGUCUCGACCAUUCCGUCCCAGAUUCGACAUGUUUCUCUCAAACACCUCACGGAACUCCGCAUGGUCGGUCCGGCGUGCGAUUGCGCUUAUGCGCGUCAAUUCCUCGAUAUUCCAGCAAACGCAUCACAAUCCUUCAAAACAAAAUUGUACGAUGGUCGGGGCGAGGAUCUCCUUGCUCUUACGUCGUCCUUCAGGCCUCUCCUAGAAUCACUCCCCGCCGGAUGCCGAAGUAUAGCCAUCCACGAUAUCAUCCAUUUUGUGGACAUACGAAUUCCCGUCGAAUGGGAUGCUGUGCCCUAUGCUCACAUGGAGGGCCAAAAUUAUACUCCCUUGAGAACAUACGGCGAACGUCGUUUCGCAGAAAAGAUCAUUAGUCGUCUCAGCGCGACACCAAUCGACUUCUUGCUGCUUCAUUGCGAGGAUGCAGAAACGAGCGAUGAAUGGUUGGAUGCGUUUCAGUCGAUGCAUUGUGUCUCUAAAGUUAUGGUCAGCUUCGGAGGAUAUUCCUCGAUAUAUUCAUUCUCCCAAGCAUUAUCGGGGACUGUGCAAGGCCAUGUACUUGGACCGGCCAGUGACACGCCCCGCAGAACCCUUUUUCCAACCCUACAUACUCUCGUAUUUCUCGACACCGACUGCGAAGAUGAAAUAUUCGUCGAGCAUCUUCGGCGCCGUCAGGCGUCGUCUGACCCAAUCCAAGAGAUCCAUCUCAUCCUCUGCAACAUCUCAGCGACCACACUCCAGUUAUUUCGCUCAAUCGUGUCACUGGUGGAGGUCAAAGAACCCGAUGCUCUCAUCUUGAAUCUGCCGAAGGUGUUCCCGCAAGUAUACCCUAUCGGCGCGAACCAUGGAUUUUAA